AUGGACCAUCAUCGUACAUUGAAAUUUGUAAUCAUCUUAAAUCUCAUUAAUCCGUCGGACAUUUACUUAACUAUGCCUCGUAACUUUAGUCUUCAACCCGAGAGAAAGAGCCGUAUGACUGGAAUCCCUUCUAAUAUCAAAGCAAGGACUUCAUCUGUUGGUCCACAGGAACAAAAACCUGUUAACCGUGAGGUUAAAUCUAAAGCAAAUAUCCCUAAGAUGAUAGGAAGUUUAAUCCAGUUUCUGGAAACCACCGACUAUUCAAAUUCCCUUUCUCCCAAAAUCCUCCAUUCACCCAACUCAAAAGAAAUAUUUUCAAUAUUCGAACAUCUUGUUCGACAAAUUGAGCCCUCCUUUCGUAUUGAAAACGACGGAAUGAAAGCGGAAGAAGUUUGUCUGAAUUAUCUUAAAAUUCUAGGCUACCCAAAUAUUCUUAGUAAGCAUCACUUAUUAGCACCUGGUGCUCCUCAAGCCUGGAAUUCAGUUUUAGCAGCGUUCGACUGGUUCAGAGAAGAAACAGAAAAUGCAAAUGACGCUAUAAAUUUUUCGGUGUUCGGGUAUGAUGAUGAUCAAGAUACUGAAGAAGAGCCGCUGAAUAAAAUUAUUUUUCAAUUGAAGUCAGUUAUUUUUAAAAGAAGACGCGAAGGCCUUGAUAUAUUUCCAAGUGAUAUUGAAGAUUACCGUUGUCGUAUCAACAGAGUAUUGAACGCUCCAAGUGAAGAUGAUAUGAAGAAGCUUUAUGAUCGUCUGAAUGAAGUGGAUAAAGAAAUGAAUAGUAUAAAUAAUGUAGACGGAGAAGAAAGAUCAUUAAGAACUCAAUUAGCUGAGACGGAAUCGAGUUUAAAAUCACUAGACGAAAAGUUGCGCGACCAUGAAUCUCAGAUAGCUAAGUUAAAGUCUUUAGACGAAGAGCGCACAGAAGUUUUAAAGGAACUUGAAUUAAAAAACAAAGAAGCAGAACAACAGUUGGCUACAGUACGUGCAAAAGUAAAGGAACAAGAAGAUGCUGGUUAUGGACGACUAGCUCAAGAAUAUAUUAUGCUUCGGGAACGUGUCGAUGCUCGAUUACAUGCUAAAGAUGAUUUAAUUAAAGAAGUUGAACAAAAAGAAUUGGAUUACACACGUUCAGAAGGCACCAUUGCCCCUACUUUGGACGCUUAUAAUCGUCUUGUCGGAUCACUAAGGAAACCACCGUUUUCACAGAUCACCAAAAACUGUAAUUUGGAAGUUUGCACAUAUCGCAAAGGAUUUGAUAUUGCUAAGCAAUUACCAUUGCUAGUUCAAAAUGUGAAGGCUUGUGUUGAACAGUUGACUUUGGCUUUGACUUCUAAAGAACAACGACUAAGUGAAUUGGUUGAACGUCUCGAAACUCUUCAAUCGUCAAUCGAUAGUUCAGAAUUGCCAGAUGUACAAGCUAAACUGGAUGAAGUAAAAAUAGAUUUGGCUAAACUAGAUGAACUUUUGGCGGAAGAAUACAGUGCGCAUACAAAAGCAGAAGAAGAAUAUGUUAGUUUAUGUUCUCACAGAGCCAAAGAAUUAGAACAGUUAAAAAAACAGUUAAUUGAUGAAGAACAACGUCAGACGGAUUUAAGCGGUAAACUUGAAGAAAUAAUUCAAGAAAGAGUUAAAAUCACCUCUUAUAUUGAAAAUAUUAGUCAACAAUUAUCAGUGUUUGUUCCUUACAUUGAGUCAUAUUUCAAAACUAAGGAGUCUGCUAGUCGUACCUGGCAGAUGCAUAUAAACAUACUGCGCGAAGAAGUUCAAAGUGCAGCUCGUCGUAUUGAAAACAAAGUUAGAAAAGCACUUGAAGAAAAUUCUUUAUCUGAAUAG